ACAAGCUGCCUUUCUUCUAGAUUUCAUGGACAUACACAAUAACCUCAAUAUAUAAGUUGUAAAUAGUAUAAAAUGAUAGAAUUAUUGCCGAAGCAGACAAUAUUGCAAUUGACGUCAAAGAUUCGCAGUCACGUUAGAUGCUACGCAUCAAAUCAACCUGGCGAUUUCGUAAAGGUUGUCGAAGUUGCACCACGAGAUGGGUUGCAAAACGAGAGGAAAGUGGUGCCUACCGAAAUCAAAGUCGAUUUCAUCGACAGACUGUCAACGACCGGAUUGAGGAGUAUAGAAGUUACAAGUUUCGUAUCCCCGAAAUGGAUUCCUCAGAUGGCGGAUAACGCACAAGUUUUUCGACAAAUUGAGAAAAGACACGGUAUAUCCUAUCCAGUACUAGUACCAAAUCUGAAAGGCUUGGAGAAUGCUAUCGCGGUAGGCGUAAAGGAAAUCGCAGUGUUUGGUGCAGCGUCAGAAGCUUUUUCCAAGGCAAAUACCAACCGCUCCAUUGAAGAAAGUGUGAAGAAUUUUAAGGUUGUUAUUGAGGAGGCAAAGAAGCAUGAUAUUAGAAUCCGUGGCUAUGUAUCCUGUAUUGUUGAUUGUCCUUAUGAAGGAGAAAUC